UAAAAUAUUAAAGUGACACCGUUUCUAUCUGGAAGAGAAAAAUUGUAACCGUUGUUCGCCAAUGAAAAACGUAUCUAAUUUCUACUCCCUUCGUUUCACAAUCGGACCAUUUGUCACCCAAACACAUUUGGAAAAUGGCCAACACGCGUCAUAAACAUCAGUAACGUUUCGAGUGAUGUUGUGUUUAGACAUGCGGUUGAUGCAAAGGUUGAGAGGUGAAAGGACGGUAGUAGUGGAAGACGAAGAAGCAUCCAGAGACAGGGAUCGGUCGAAAAGUGUUUGCGUUACUAGCUUCAGGAGUAAACCACCGAGAGAUGUCAGCGCUUUCAAGUUGUUUCAUCGGAGAGCCAGCAGUGCAAUUUCAACAGCUAGCGACCUUAUAUCAAGAAGAGGUGUAUUUUCUAGACGAUAUUAUGGAUCAGUGGAGCAAUUACAGCAACCCGAAGUCGAUGGCCAAGAGCACUGUAGGCGAUUUAGGAUAGAAAAUGGAGACUCGCCUGGUGAAAAGGAUGAGAUGUUUGGGUCACCGAGCACUCCAGUUCUCGAGAAUCCCGAAUAUCAGACACGAUGGUACUUCAAAUAUUUUCUGGGGAAACUACACCAGAACUAUGUUGGACUGGAUAACGACAAAUCACCAUUUUUUCUUAGUAUAGUACUGAACGAAGAUACGAAUACCUGUGUGCCUCUAUGUCGAGCAAUUUUGUUCAAAAAAACUGGAACCCAGAAAAUAUCGCUACCAAUAUCGCAAAACAAAGUUCUGACAGUCAAGCAGAUUCUGUCGAACUUUCCAAAUAUGGAUAAGGUUGAAAAAGGACCAAAAGAAAUAUUCUCACCUGAUAUUCAAAAAGACUUAUUACUUUUAGAGGAACAAGAGGGUUCGGUGAACUUCAAGUUCGGCGUUAUUUACAUGAAACAGGGUCAGACUAGCGACGAUGAAAUAUUAAGCAAUGAGUAUGGCAGCUAUAGGUUCGAACAAUUCCUAUCACUGCUCGGAGACAAAAUCAAAUUACGGGGAUGGGACAAGUACAGGGGAGGGUUGGAUAUUAAAGGUGAUAUGACAGGUAAAUUUUCCGUGUACACUAUAUACGAGGGGCACGAGAUCAUGUUUCACUGUUCGACGUUGUUGCCAUAUUCGAGAGACAACAAGCAGCAAGUGGAGAGAAAGCGACAUAUCGGAAAUGAUAUCGUGAAUAUCGUUUUCAUAGAUGCUGAAAAUGAGUCUGCGGAAACUGCUCAUUCGCAGUUCAAUCCUACUUGUAUAAAAUCUCAAUUUACACACAUCUUCGCCAUAGUUACCAUGGAUAACGACAAUCAGUACCGGCUUUCGGUAUUCUCAGACGAAUCGGUGCCCCUCUUCGGGCCCAGUCUGCCCUGUCCGCCAGUCUUCAACGACCCCUAUCUCUUCAGAGAAUUCCUCCUAGUCAAGCUUAUAAACGGUGAGAAGGCUACAUUCGAGACACCCACGUUCGCCAGAAAGAGACAGAGGACGCUGGAUAUGCUAAUUAAGGACUUGUACUCGGAGCAUAUGAUCGAUGGACGGAUGGCCAUGCUAAACAGAAGAGCCUUCUCAGACGUCCUCGCAGACACUCCCCGUCACUCUCGUCUUAAGGAAGACUCCCGCCAAAUCGAGUUUGUAAGAAUAGGACAAGCCUUAAAGUUAGAAGCCAUCGUUAGGGGAGAUGCACCUACAAGUCUAGCGUCGGCAGGAUGUAGCACGGGUACUGUGUUCAAACGAUCGCCUUGGGAAGCUAAUUGUUUCUAUCCAGUGUUUCCGUGCCAAUCCAUUAUUUGUGCGGACUCCUGGGGUGAUAAUCGGCUAGUGAUUGGAACUGAAGAGGGUGUAUUUAUGGUAAUUGAUGGAAACUCCCACCGUAUGAUCUUCGACAAGACGCUUCAAGUCCGCCAGUUGAACGUGGUGGAACCUCACGGAAUCUUCUUAAUGCGCUGUGGACAUAGUAACCGAGAAGGGAAGGUAUACGUUUUUAGACUCUCUCAAAUUGAAGAAUUAUCAGAUGCAAAAUCUCGUAUCGACGUCAAAGAUCACAGGUUGGAACGGACCAGAGGAACCAAUUUGUACGCUCUUUCAAGACCAGGUGGAUCCAAACUGAGAAUGUGUGCCGUGAUAGGAAAGAAACUACAAAUGUACCAAUGGAAACAUUCUGCAGCGUGGACAGCGUGGUGUCCAUCGAGUGAUACUGAUACAGUGGAGGGAUUUACGUUCUUAUGGGAGCUGAACUUAAACGAAACACCUACAAUGGUAACCAUUUUGGACAGCGGCUGGAGCCCCAGUUCCCCUUCGCACGGUGAUACACUGGUUUGUGUAGGAUACAAGAAUCAUUGGGAUAUAGUGAAUGGUAGGACAGGUCUGGCACAACAUCUGCAUACUGUGGAAAGUGCUAAAGCCAAUCUUGUAGCUGCCUUAGAUCUGUAUGAGGAUCAGGAAAUUCAGCUUCUGUUAUGCUACAACCAUACAUGCCAUUUCCAGAAAAUCAAUGAAGACACCGCGUCUAGCUCAAAUUUCGACUUUCACUGGAACUCUGUUCCGUCUGAUAUAGUAUGUGCGUUUCCUUACGUGAUUGCUUUUACACAAAAUACCAUGGAGAUUCGAUUGAUAGUCAACGGAAAUUUGAUACACACGAUGACAAUGCCCAAACUACAACUGAUCGCUUCGAAAAAUGAUAUAUUCUUUGCUACUACCGCUCCAGAGUUUUUCCCGAACAAAACAGAUAGGUUAUUCGUUGAAAUCAAGCAGCAGGAUUUACAGAAGCAUUCACCACCUGCAAGUCCCAAUGCGUCUCCAGAAGUAAAACCUCUUCGCAUCUAUCGCAUUCCCAUCCACUCACUAAACAGAAACGACCACUGCAUCAGCAACUGCUCUCCACCCACGUGGAAGUCGGCGGAUACAAAGCUGACGGUACCUGAACAGCCCAGAGUGUCCAGAAGCGCCACUAGCUCUCCCAUCCCUCCCAAGGGAAAGCUCCUGCAGGGCGCGAUCAAAUGAUCCCGCCUCUUAUUUGUAAAUACUUCUAGUGUGUAGUAGUAGCUCUUUUUCGGUACAAUGGGUUUUAGAGAUUUUUCAGGAAUUUUAAAGUGAGAGACUUACAGUUGCGGUCAAAAAGCACAAAUAUGAUGAAUAUAAAUACAAUUAUAGUAGAUAGUUGCGUAGUCUUAAAUUAAUAUUUAAAAUAUACUACAUAUCUGCUGUUUGCUGGUUUUGUUUCCACAUAUUACAUUUAUGCUUACAACAAACAGUUCAGCUGAAUUUCUUGUAUAUGAUAUUUGAUACUUCUUAAUAACUGUGUAUAUUCUUUCUUUAUUCGUUUGUUAAUUGGUUUAUAUAAAACUUGUAUUAGAUAGAGAAGAAGUAAAGAAGUAUUGAAAAGUUUGUUGCAUCGGAGAACAAGAAGAAAUUAUAUCAACAGUAUUGGAAGCAGAAAACAGUCGUACGAGUCGAUGAGAGAUGAACCGAAUAAUGUUACAUUCAAAGAGGCGUCAGACGGGGAUUUAUUCUAUCACCGCUCUUACUUAAUAUCUACUCGGAUAAAUAAAGACCCUGGAGUAAAAUGAGGGUGAACUGAUUAAUAACAUUAGAUCAUACGUUGACAUUGUUAUGUUAUGCGAUAAUUUCCUAGAGUUAUUGGAUUCCGUAAACAAGACAGGAAUAGAACAGGCUCUAAAAAUUAAUGCUUUCAAGAUAAAAUUUAUCCUUAUUAUUUAGUAGCCAACCUUACCAAAAUGCCCUACAGAUAGAUCCACAAAGCAAUGAAUGAGUUACUUACUUUAAUAUAGGAUGCUACAUUAUAGACCAACUUGACCCAAGAAAAAGAAUCAAAUUCAGAUUUGAAGUAGAUCACAUAACGUUUCUAAAAAUAUCUGUUUUAAAAAGUGGUACGGUUUCUUUUCGUGGUACGCAUAUCUUGUUACUUAUAACAAAAGUGGUAAGAUGACUUAAUUUUCUAGUAAAGUUCAAAGAGAACUUUGUUAUUAUGUACUGCUUCUGAGCAGCUUUCGUCGAUUUUCGGCAACAAUGCAACAAUAUAAAUACUAAAAAUGUUGUUUGUUAAAUUUUUCAAUGUAAAAAAUCAAAUUAUUAACCAGAUAGAAUCUUUAAAAUUCCUGGAUAUCGCAUUUUUUCAAUACUCUGACCAGUGUCUUUACACGAAAAGUUAGCAAGUUGUUUAGUACUUAAAACUCAACUUAGGGGACGAUCUUGACAAGUAUUGUAUAUAUUAAAUGUACAUUCUGUUAUUUUUUCUAAAAAAAAACUCUUGUUGAAGUGAGUGAAAAUCUAGUUAUAUUUUAUCAAAAGUUACAAAUUCUGAUAUAUAUACUGUAGUUUGUAAGUCCAGAUAUAUCAUAAUAUACCUUUAAGGAAAAAAUUGGAGAUACAUGUAGUCUUUUUUAAAAGUAUAAUAAUAAAAGUAGGAAUUGGAUUACGAAUAAUAAAACAACUGAUUUCUGUCUAGUGCGAUAUUUUUAUAAUCUUUUUCUAAACAAACGUAUUAACUGAAAUCACUGAAACUUUAACAUCAGCACGUAUAUGAGCUUAUAGUUCUAGAAUCUAGAACCUGUUCUGGAGAGGUGUAAUGGGAGUAAAUUUUAUUUAUUUGAUAAUGCAUCCCCACAUACCAGCAAAGUGUCUACAGACUCUCUUGAAACAGAAGAUAUCACAAUUCUGGAGUAGCCUGCUAGCUCACCUGACCUUAACCCUGUAGAGCAUUUGUGGAAUAUGUUUAGAAGAAGAAUUAUAGCUCACCGGGAUAAUCCACAAAAUUACGCACAUAGUACAAGCUGCUACUGAAUAAAUGAACAACAUACCACAACAAAAUGUUGACAAUGGGGUUAGGAGCAUGGCCAUGCGAAUUGAAUUAAAUAAUAUUAUGAAAAUCUAAAUACAAAAUGCAAUUUCAUACCAUGAGUUGCUUUAUUAAAAUACAUUGUUCCUAUCUACAUUCCUAAAUUUUAAUUGUGGUUUAUUUCCCAUAUAAAUAAUUAAUCAUAAAAAUGCCACAAGGAAAUAGCUUCAGAACAACAUACAAUCUAAAGAUUAUAAUUAUUGAUUAUUUUUUACUUAGUAAUUAUUUAAGUUCUUUUAAUUUUUAAAUUUAUUUUUGGUAUUUUUUAACUGAAGUGUUUAAUCUUUUAAAUGCUAACUACAACGUUGUAGAAAAAGUUUGUAUGAUAUUUCUUCGUGGCAGGGGAAAAAGUAACAACUAACUCUGUAUGAAUAUAAUUUUUUGUCCGUCGCCAAUAUAAAAGAAAUACUUUUCAUCGAAGAAUAAUAAUUGCAAUAAUAGUUUCCAUGAAUAGGCACACAGAAAUGAUUUUGUUCUUCGGCACCCAAUGUAAAGUUGUUUUCCUCCCUGUAAUAUGAGAAGCUAUAUUUUUUGUGGUUACACAAAUAGAAAUAUUUUUUUCCGUAUUCAGUCAUUUACAGUUAUCCAAAAAAAUAUCAUCCCAGUGUUUCUCAUAAAUGUUCGAUUGGAUUGAGGUUGGGGCUAGACGCUGGCCAAUUCUUACGGAUAUCCCGACGUCUUCUAAGCAUGCAUUGACAAUUCUAGCACGUUGGGGACGUGCGUUAUCGUUCAUAAAAAUAAAAUAAAUUUCUAUGAAUGGCAUAACACGUACCACAUACUGAUCUAAAAUGGUUGUUAUAUACCUUCCUUCUCUCGUAAACCCUUCAUCUACAAGAACUAAGUCAUUGGAACUUAUACCAGCCCGAACUAGAACAGAGUCUCUUCCAUAAGUUAUUCUGUCUAUUAUAUUGUAUUAAGCAAAUCGUUCUCCUUGUCUUCUAAAGAGUCUAUCGCGACCUGGUGACCUCAAUCAAAACCUAAACUCAUCUGAUAACAAAACAUUACUCCAAUCUACGUAAUUCCAAUUUUUGUAUUCGCGUCGAGCUCUGCAGUAUUCUACGGAUAGAAGUGGACAUAGGGCUGAUCUUCUGGAUAUUAAAUGCACUUCAUGAAGUCGUCGAUGAACUCUCCACUACUUAGACCCUCUAGAAGAUGUAGUAUAUUUUUUAAACGCUAAUAAACAAUAAAUCGAUCAUCAAGUGCAGAUGCUGCUUUCCUACGGCCUGAUCCUGACCUUUUAGUGCAGUUGCCGUUUUGAGUGAACCACCGAAUGUCUCCUUCUUCUUCUUCUUCUUCUUUUUGUAUAGACAUGACUUUGUCUGUUUUUUCAAUGUGCCUCUAGUAAAUUGUCGUUCCAUCGUUUUCGUGGUUUUCUCACUGAUAGUCUUCCUAUUAGGGAAUUGUCUCUCGCUGUCCUGACUAUCCUGUUUGUUUUCAUUCGGCGUAUGUGGUGAUUCCAUUCUAUUUUUCUGUUUCUUACCCAGUUAUUAAUGUUAUACACCUUGCAUAUCCCUCGUAUAUCUGUACUUCUAGCUCUGUCCCAUAGAGUCUUACCAUCGAUUUUUCGAAGGGUUUUCAUCUCCGCUGUUUCGAGCAAUCUUUUUGUCCUCUCUGUGUCGGGUUGUGUUUCUGCCGCGUAUGUCAUUAUUGGUCUGAUGACUGUUUUGUAAAUUCUGCCUUUCAUUUCUUUUCCGAUAUUUUUAUUUCUCCAUUUGUCAUUCAGGCAACCUGCGGCUCUGUUUGCUCUAUUCACUUGAUCUUCCACUUCUGUUUCGAGCCUUCCGUAGCUAGAUAGUGCGAUGCCUAGGUAUUUAAACUCCAUCACUUGUAAUAUUAUUUGACCUUCCAGCUCCAAUUUACUUCUUAUUGGAUCUGCUGUUAUAACCAUGCAUUUUGUCUUUUGGGAGAAAAUUGACAUGUUAAAUUUUCUGGCGAUUAUGUUGAAUUGGUGCAGCAUACGUUGUACAUCAUCUUCACUUUGAGAGAUUAGUAUUGCAUCGUCCGCAUAGCAGAUUAUUUUAAGUUGUUUUUCUCCCAUUUGGUAUCCUAUUUUAGUUCUUACUUUUUUUAUUAUUUCGUCCAUGAUCAGGUUGAACAAUAAAGGACUCAAGGAAUUCUCCUGUCUUAUCCCAUUGCCGGUUUCAAUUGGGACAGCCACUUUGUGGACAGAUGUCUCCUUGAAUAGCACAACAACUUACACCUAGCACCUGGGCGGCAUACAUAAUAUUGACUAUGACCAUCUUGCACUAAAGACACGGAUCUUGCAACAACCGUUGGUGUUAAUGUUAUUUUAAUACAAUAGGUAUAUGACGAUUUUAUGCAAAAAUGACUUAGUCAUUGACGAAAAGUAGUGAAUGUACUAUAUUCUCUUUUACUGGUAUGCCCAUUGUUCCACAUUUUCUAUACCGUCUUUUCGAAGCCUGAUCGAUGUACAUGUUAAAAAGCGUAGGUGAUAGACCACAACCCUGUUUGAGGCUUUUUGUUGCGAUGAUUGUUUUUGUUAUUUUAUUAGCUAACUUUAUUUGCACUUGCACCUAUGUUUCUUUAUAGGUACAGUAUUUGUAUUCUAUUCACCCAUUUCUCUCUAAGGUACAUUCUUCUCAUUGCUUUCCACAGUUUUUCCAUCACUUGUCUCAUGAUAAAUAUAUUAUCUAGACAUGAUCUGGCUUUUCGUAAUCCUGCUUGAUCUUCGCCGAAAUGGUCCAUGUGCUGUUGUAUUUUUUCUUUUAUAACUGUGGAAAAGAUUCUCGCUAUGGAAGGCAUUACACUGAUCCUGCUAUAGUUAUUUGUUGACCUUUUGUCACCUUUUUUUGAAAAUAGAGGGCGUAUAUAGAUAUAGAUUCCACUCAUCUGGAGUCUCCUCACCUUCUUCAAUUUGAACAACACUCGUAUAAAGGACACGAUUCUUACGCUUCCAUAUUUCAGCAGUUCCACUUUUAUGUUCCCUGGUCCUGGUGCUUUGUUAUUUUCAAUUCUUUGCUUUGAAAUGCUUUGUUAACAAUUUCUAAGUUUUAAAACUCAGAAUAAAUACGAAAUUUGCCAUGUAUCGAAUAUUUUGCACCUGAGUGUACAAAUGUACGUGUGUGAUUCAUGUUUUAACCUAAACGAAAGCGAUCAAUUCUAACUUGAUUAACCCGAUUUCUGUGUUUCUUCCACGUUUCCAUAGAUUAUUUGAUUUAUGUUCAUUUCGAUUGGGAAUCAUUCUAUUAAAUUUGGCACUAUACUUACUGGAUUUUAAAAUUAUUAUACAGGCCACUUAAUGCCUCUAGUCCCUAUGUCCUAAAAGUGGGCAAUUUUAUAAAUACACAAAUUGAUGUUAGUAACACACGGGUGUUAUUUUUUGCAAAAAGAAUCCCAAAUAUAACAAAUAAACCAUCGUAUAUUUAUUAUUCGUAAUCUACAUUCAAAGAAUUAAUAAUUUAAAAGUUUUAACAUAGAAUCAAAAGUAUUUUUGUGUUUGAAAAAGCAACUAUCUUGUAAAUCUCCUAAUAUAUAUUUUUUCCAUGUAUUUUAUUCUCAACAUCUUUUAUAUUUAUACUGUAUAUAUUGUAAAUUUAUAAAAAAAUCAAAAGGAAUUAUCUUCAAAAACGUCAAGACGAUCAUAGAUUAUACAGUCGUCGCAAAAAGUAUGGCAAAAAUGUAUUAAGUCUAGAAGCUUUGGUUAGUAUAACCGUGUAUAACUUUGUUUUGAAAAUGCCGGGGAAUUAAACGUAGGUUGGAUUAUUCCAGUAAAAUAAAAAAUCAAAAACUAACAGACCAAAAAAUUAAAAUAACAAUUAGUCAACAAAAAUAAAAAAUACAAAUCUGUGAAAUAAGAAAUUUCAAGGACAAAUUGAACAUUUUAGUAUCUGGUUUUACCACUUCUGGCUCUAAUGACGUCUCUCAUUCUCUGUGGAAGGCUUCUUAUCAGAGAGCGUAUGUACUCAAAAUCCAAAUUUUCCAAUUCUUCCGUUAAAGCAUUUCCCAGUACAUCAAGGUUAUAUAUGGAGCGACGAUACGGGCUCUAAUGCGUCUUUCUAGGUAGUCCCAAACAUGCUCAAUUGGGUUUAGGUCUGGUCUAACUGUUAGUCAGUCGAGAAUUUGAAUAUCAAUCUCUUGAAUUGAUUGAUACCGAUAUCUUGUUAUUCUAGCAACGUGCGGGUGAGCGUUGUCUUGCAUAAGAACGAAAUUAUCUCCAAUAAUUGGAACAAAAGGCAUGAUAUUAUCUUCAAGAACCAUUCCUAUAUACCGAUCAGCUAUCAGGAACCCCUACGAAACACUGUUAAUUCUAUAUGACUUACAAAGCAUAUGUCUCCCCAUAUCAUAAUCGAGCCACCUCCAAAAUUUCUGGCUGCUCUUAUGUUACACUGCUUUAAUCUGUUUCUAACCGAAUUGACAUUUAUUCGAACAUUAUGGACUAUGGAAAGAUCAUUUUGUAGUUGCCUAGCUGUAAUAUGACAUGUAAGCAAAGUCUGCAGACGUAAAUAAUGGUCAUUUGCGGGGUUCGUGCCAAGGGCGAAUCCAGGACCGAUUUUCGGGAGGGGCCAUGAACUUUUUUUGAGGAGGAGUACCAGGGAUUCUGGGGGUAAUUUUAAGAAAUUAGGGCUACAAUGGCGAGUUUUAAGGCACGUUUCACACACUUUUGAGGGCCAUAAAGACAUUCAAAACUUAACGUUAUUAAACUAUUAUUAAAGUCAGUACCGAUUCCUACACAUUUUUUCGGAUCCAAGUGCAGUUCUUUCAAUAAGUUUAAUACUAUUUGUUCCAAUGCUUCUUCUGCAGGCCUUUAUUUUUCCCCUCUUUCUUGAUUUUCACUAAUUAUUUUUAUGUUCUCAUAAGCGUCAAUGAACUUGACAAAGUCUUCGCGAAUGUUGUUAUUGUGUAUGUAUCUCAAAUGUAGAGAAAGCUGUAUCAUGUGGGAUACGUCGGUCGUUUCGCCAAAUAGGACAGAGUAAUAAUUUGCACUUUGAACCUGAUUCAUUAUUUGUUCAAUUAUUUCUUCACAACGUGUUACCAAUUGAUUUUUAAUGGUGCUACUAAUGUAUAUUGCUCAGGAAGAUGCUGUGGAUAGGUGUUGUUUAAGAUUCUUAACUCCUGAUGCGAUUUUAAACCUUAACAAUUUCCCUCAUUGCUAGGUCCAGCAUAUUCGUCCAGAAGCAGAAGGCCAUUAUCACGAUGGCCUCUUAGAGAGAGGAAUAUUUUGUCGACCUAAGAACCAUAUAGACUACUAUUGGUCGUAGUCUUUCUUAAUUUUCUUGUAUCUCUUUAGACUUCUGAGAGUCUAUCUGGUUAAUGACUGACUUUUGCGGGUUGCGAUAACUUUGUAGAAAAUACAGCCCAACCUGAACGAACUCCUUGUGGUAUGAUGUUUUUUCAUGGGUUUAUAGGCUGUAAGACGAUAAAGGUUUAGUGACAAGGCUUUGGACUGUUAUCCCUUUAUUUUGAUCAUAUUUUUCAUUAGAAAAAUAAAACACUAUACUUGCAAAACAAUCCUUUUUGAAUGUGCGAUAGUACCAACCAACUACUUUAUUCGCUUUAUUUCUUUUUUAUUCUGUAUGUGUACAGAAUGUGGAAAUUGAUACGAUUUUAAUGGCUGUCAAUAUCGUUCUAACAAUCGACACUCUGUAAAAUUAUCAUCAUGUUGAUUUACCAAACAUCCUAUGUCAUUCUUGAAGGUUCCGUUACUGCUUUUGUUCAAUUCCAGUCUAGAAGACAUAUUUAUCUUCUUAGGUCUGGAUCCCGCGUAUGAAAAAAAAGUUGAUUAAUAGCAAGCUGAAAAUUUCUUAAUAGCUUAAGGGUGUCUAGUCGAAUAAACUUUGAUAUAUGGGAACACUGGAACAGGGGCAGUUUUAAUUGUGGAACAGGUUAAAAAUUUGGAACGGUCAGACCACGAAAACGGCACAUUUAUUUUGUCCGACAGAAUAGACUUAAACUCUCCGAACAGAGAUUAAACUCUCAUGCAAAAAUCAGACUGCUAUUUAUCACCUGUCAUAAUUCCUGUCAUUUGACAUAUUCUACAUGUUCCACGCAUUAAAACGCCCAUUUGGUGAUAAAUAGCAGUCUGAUUUUUGCAUGAGAGUUUAAUCUCUGUACGGAGAGUUUAAGUCUAUUCUCUCGGACAAAAUAAAUGUGCCGUUUUCGUGGUCUGGCCGUUCCAAAUUUUUAACCUGUUCCACAAUUAAAACUGCCCCUGUUCCAGUGUUCCCAUAUAUCAAAGUUUAUCCGACUAGACACCCUUAAGCUAUUAACAAAUUUUCAGCUUGCUAUUAAUCAACUUUUUUUUCAUACGCGGGAUCCAGAUCUAUCUGUUUUGUACAUACAUGUGUGUUUGAAACUAAAAACAUUUGAACUGCAAAUAUUUAAAUUUACAUUUUUUUAAAUUCUCGGAGGGGGCCAUGGCCCCCUGGAUCCGCCCUUAUUUCGUGCAUCUGGGACGUCGCGGAAUGGGUCUUCUUGCGUAAGUUCCAGUUUCUCUAUAUUUUUUAAAGCUCUUGAAAUGCUGGAUUGGUGGAUUCCCAAAACAAUAGGUUUAUUCUAGCAAACAGUCAAACUAGUCAGAAACCUUCAGCAAACAGUUGGUCAGUGAGAGAACAUAAUACAGUUACCAUUGCGAUCCCCUCUACUCGCGGCUGGCCCACUAUUCGCUGAUGGUUUCAAACCUUAUGAAACUGAUGCUAGAACAAACCUAUUAGCAACAUAUCGCUGCGAUCGUCCAUCUUCAAUUAAAGCUUCGGUUUGGGCUGCUUGUUCUGACGUUAUAUUACUCAUUUUUUGUAAGAACGCACCUCCUCAUUGAAAAAGCAAGCAGACAUGGUGUACAGAUCAAAAUCUCGAACACAAAUGUCCAAAAUAAAUACUCUCUUAUCAACGUUUUGUUUACAUUUUUUUUUUCGGCAAAAACACACUUCAACUUGAAAUGUUAUGGGUUUGUAGACAUCUAAAGGAGACUAGAGACGAGUAUUAUAACAUUCUGCUAAAAAUGAAAAAUUACUUUUGAGUUUUUUUCGGUUUUAAAAAUUAUGCGAUACUUUUUGUGAUUAGUCUAGUUACAUAUUAGUAGUAGUGUUCAACAUAUUUGAUUAAUCUGGACAUUUUUGUAGAUUUCCGUGAUUCUCUAUACCUACUGUCUUUCUAGAGGAGCCAUUAAGUUCAGCGAUACGGGUUAAUGGAAAAAUUGUAAAUCUUUUGAUCUAUUCGUAAUACUUUAAUAAAGUGAACGAAUCAUUUAA